AUGAUUCCUCUUGCUAGAAAGUCAAUCCUCCGGGCCUCGCGCUCUCAAUUCUGUUCCUCCAGAACCUCGCUCCAGUCACACCAGCUCUCGGCACUCUCGAGAUUACUUUCUACCCUUGCGGUAUUGGAACAAAAGGACGGGAAAAUACAGGCCGCGUCUCUAAGUGCAAUUUCAGCGGCUGCAAAGCUUGGUGGGCCUGUCACAGCGUUUGUAGCCUGUGGUGGAGCGAAGGCGGGUGCGGCAGCGGAAGCUGCGCAGAUUAAGGGCCUUGACAAGGUGCUUGUGGUUGAAAAUACGGCAUACGAUAAGGGAUUACCAGAAAACUAUGCCCCUCUUUUGGUCGAAAACAUCAAGAACGGCGGUUUCACACACAUUAUUGCUCCUCAUUCUGCUUUCGGCAAGAAUUUACUACCUCGAGUUGCGGCAUUACUGGAUGUCCAGCAAAUUUCGGAUAUCACAGCAAUCGAAAGUGAAGACACGUUUGUACGGCCCAUCUAUGCUGGCAAUGCUAUUCUGACUGUUCAGUCAACCGACCCCAUCAAGGUGAUAACUGUUCGAGGAACGGCUUUCCAGGCCGGUGAAGCAACCGGUGGAUCUGCGGAGGUUGUUGACGGUGCCGAUCCCAAUGCUCCAUCGCCAACAGAAUGGGUAUCUGAAGAUCUGACCAAAUCUGAUCGUCCUGACCUGGGCACCGCUAAGCGAGUUGUCUCAGGCGGUCGUGGACUGAAGUCCAAAGAGGAAUUUGACAGGAUUAUGACUCCUCUCGCAGAUUCCCUUGGUGCAGCUAUUGGCGCUUCUCGCGCCGCUGUAGACAGUGGAUUUGCUGAUAACAGUCUUCAGGUUGGCCAGACUGGAAAAAAUGUGGCCCCAGAGCUCUACCUCUGCGCUGGUAUCUCAGGUGCCAUUCAACAUUUAGCGGGUAUGAAAGACAGUAAAGUUAUUGCUGCUAUUAAUAAGGACCCUGAUGCGCCUAUUUUCCAGGUUGCCGAUGUUGGUCUUGUUGGUGAUUUAUUUGAAAAGGUUCCGGAGCUCACGGAGAAAUUGAAGCAAUAG